AUGAAGAAAUCAUCGCAGGAAGCGCCCGUUCGUUCACGAUUUGAGCCACGAAACCCACAGACCGGUGCUUUGGCGGGUGGCGAUCCAUGGCAGGCGUUGCUUGCGUCCUCAGCAGAUUUCCCCGCUGAAGUGUUCGAAAUCGCAGUGACCCAGCUCGUUCACCACCCAGAAUACAACUCGACUCUUAUUCUCAGAUCCGAGGUCGUCAAAGAGUAUACGGAGGACUUUCCCGGCCACCUUCCUGAAAUUCCAGGCCACGCUAUCGUGCGAUGCAUCCACCGAAAGCUGCUGCCUCGAAGGCCUGGUCGAGACGCUGGUUUGGAGCAGUACUGCACCUUUUACAGGCCCACUGAAGAGACAGAGGAUGCCCCCGUCGACACCUUGGUUCUCACGCCCAUCGUACCCCCAGGCGGAACCCUGCCCUACUACCACCCCACCGUCUCCCACCUUGCGUUCCGCUACGUGCUCAUGGAAGAUACACCCUUCCUGCAGAUUGAACUUGUCCCUAUUCCCGGAACGCCCACAGAUCCUAACUCGAGAUUGUAUCGCACGUGCCUUGCGCUCCUCGAGACGCUCCAUCGAUACGGCUGGGGUGCCCUAGUCAACUACAAGAAACGGGUGCUGCAUGAUUGCCUCAUACCACGCGAAGAGUACCAAGACCUCUACCUCGUCAUGCGGGAAAGACACAAGCAUCUGAUUGACACCUGGCAGGAGGUGACUGAUCCCCUCAAGCACGUCUUCGAGGACAUUGGAAUCGCUACAUUCUUGAUCUUGCUGUGGAAGAAUACGUACGGUGAUGAAGGCUUUGCCGACGAGGCGUCCCUCUCAUCUGAGCCAUGGAAAUCUUGGCCUCGGCCACCAGGUGGAUUCGUCGAUUUUGGAUGCGGAAACGGUCUCCUCACCCAUAUUCUUUCAGAAGAAGGGUAUGACGGUGCAGGCAUUGACGUACGCGCCAGGACCUCUUGGGAACACUACCCCAAAACCACUCGAAAUAACCUCCACGUUCACGCCUUUGACCCUCUCGACCUAGAAGCUUCCUCACAGUUCUUCAAGCCCGGCGCCUUCAUCAUCGGCAACCACGCAGACGAACUGACGCCAUGGGUUCCCAUCGUCGCGACGCUGACCUCAUCAUCCGGCUACCUCUCGAUCCCAUGCUGCCCCUGGUCGUUCGACUCCAAGUUCCAGCGCUCGACUGCAGAGAUGUACCCUCAUCCACCCGAGAUGGUUGGCCAGCUGAAUCUUGGAGGGGACGGGAGCAACUCGAGCGCCUAUUCGGUAUACAGGAUAUGGCUGGCGUCGUUGAGUCUCUACUGUGGGUGGGAAGUGGAGUGUGAGAUGUUGCGUAUCCCCAGUACUCGGAACUGGGGUCUUGUCGGCCGGAAGCGAGUGGCGGAUGUCGGGAUAGAGGAAGCGCGACGCCGGGCGAACGAUAUCAUCGAACAAGUCAACGUUCGGGGCGUAUUCAAACCUCGAAAACCUGAGGGGAAGGCUGGAGAGCAUUAA